CUCCGGAGGAUACAAUCCUCUGAAACAGUUAAAUAAAGCUUUCCAUCUCUUCUGGGACGCAGUUCGGCACCACUGUUCAGAGACAUGCGGCCCGUGUGUGUCUUACUACUCUUCCUCUUCUGCACCAGCCAUGCUCUUCCAGCUCAAGAACUUGAUGAGUUCUUGCUCAACGGAAGCUUUGAGAUUUCCCCCAAACCUUCCAAGCUGAACAAAACGAGGAUUCUGGGCAAACACUCCCUCCCCAACUGGACAAUCCAUGGCUUAGUCGAGUACAUCUCCGGCGGCCCCCAGCCCGGCGGAAUGUACUUCAAGGUGGCGCACGGCGAUCACGCCGUCCGCCUCGGCAACGAGGCCUCAAUUUCACAGAACGUAAGCGUGAAACUAGGCUCCAUCUACGCUCUAACCUUCGGCGCAUCAAGGACCUGCGCUCAGGAUGAGGUGCUGAGGGUCUAUGUGCCACCUUAUUUCGGCGAUCUUCCUCUUCAAACUCUGUAUAGCAGCGAUGGGGGAGACAGCUAUGCUUGGGCAUUUAAGGCAGCCGCUUCGGUGGCUCAGAUUAUUUUUCACAAUAUUGGUGUGCAGGAAGAUCCUGCGUGUGGCCCUCUUAUAGAUGCAGUGGCGAUCAAGGAGCUUGUUCCUGUUACUCCUACCAGAGGGAACUUAGUAAAAAAUGGAGGGUAUGAAAUCGGACCCCAUGUCUUCAAAAACUCUUCAUCCGGCAUCCUCCUCCCUCCAAAGCAAGAAGACUACAGUUCCCCGCUCAUCGGAUGGAUAAUUGAAUCCCUCAAAGCCGUAAAAUACAUCGACUCCGCGCAUUUUUUCGUACCCUUCGGCCAUUAUGCCGUCGAGCUUCUCGCGGGAAGGGAGAGUGCAAUUGCCCAAAUCGUUCGAACUGUUCCCAAUAAGUCUUACAACCUUACCUUCUUCAUUGGAGAUGCAAAGAAUGGCUGCCACGGGUCAAUGCUCGUUGAAGCUUUUGCAGGAAAUAGUACAGUGAAGGUUCCCUAUAAUUCCACAGGGACUGGUAAAUAUGUGCCUGGAAGUCUCAAGUUCAAGGCAUUGGGGAUAAGGACUAGGAUCACGUUCUUUAGUUCGUUCUACCAUACUAAGCUAAACGAUCCGGGUACGUUGUGUGGGCCGGUUUUGGAUGAGGUUAGUUUGUACCCUGUCGUGUAGUUUGGCUGUUGUUUUGUGGUGAGUUUGGGUUUAGUUAUGAGGGGAUUAUAAGAAGUAUAUCUUGUUGGAGGAUCUGGUUAAGUUAAUUUGCUCUUUGGUUUAUUUAUCUUGGUUUGGCAUGAGUAGCUAAUGAAUGCGAGGCACAUUUAAGGAGAAGGUUGUGUACCAUGUGAAACUUGUCAUGCCUUUAUGAUGUUUGAAUUUGUGUGCUUCUUUUAGCUCUGUUUGUAGUUUUUUGCAUUUACAUACAUACUACAUUUU